CUUUUAGUUUCUUGGGCUGAAACAAUUUUAGUUACUGAAGAAAAAUGCUACUUUUUCUAAAGGAGCAUCCGCUGAUGAUCAAAUAACAGCUGUCUUGACAAUAGUUUUAUUAUUUGCUACAACUGAUUCAGGAGGAUGAAGGUAGUUUGUGUGCUUGACAGCUGGGGUAAAACCACACCCAAUGUGGAUAGACAGUCUGUAACAGCUACUACAAACCUAGGGGCAAUCGAUUCUCCAAGAAGGGCUGCAUUAUGUGUCUUAGAAAAAGUUUGUAAAAGUGUUGAAGCCAGCUUAGAGCAUGUACCUUUUAAGAAGUUAGAUUUUGGAAGUACAUCAGUGUUAGAAGAGUUUUACAAUGCUGAUGUUGUUGUUGUGGAUAUGACAAUACCAGUUCAACAGUCUGCUUUAUUUUAUCAUAUUGGUGUACGACAGAGUAUGGGCAUGAAGCACAACAUUGUCUUGUUUUAUGACACUGAUGUGGAACAGUCUUUAUCACUUAAGUUAUCAUGUGGUGCAAAUGUGGAAUUCCUACCAUAUUUAGUUGACGCUAAUAAUGUACCAGUAGUUGUAGAAAAUUCAACACUGCCUCAGGAUAUGUGUAUGCACCCAGAAAAAGGAAUGUCUUUAUAUUAUCAGCUAAAGAAAAGAUUGAUAGAAUUACAGAAAGAAAAUAUUGCUCAUCAAAAAGAAAGAUUUUUAAAUGAUUUAAGAAAAGCAAGACAAAGUUACAAAGGAGAAGAACUUGUGAAGCAUUUAGACGGUAUGAGGAGACGACUUGAUGACCCACAGUUACUGUCGGUUGAUGUUGUGUUUAAUAUGCUGCUAUCAUUCAGAGAUAUUCAGGAAUACAAUUCUAUGGUUAAGUUAGUAGAAGAUUUAGAAAACAUACCUAAUAAUACGAUAUCAUCAUCUAUUGGUAUACAGUAUCACUAUGCCUUUGCAUUGAAUCGGAGAAAUAAGGAAGGAGACCGACAGAAAGCUCUAAAUGUUGUAACAAAGGCAUUAUCAAAGACUGACAACCAGACGCCAGACAUGUUGUGUCUCUGUGGUAGGAUAUACAAGGACAUGUUUGUGGAAAGUGAUUAUACUGACAAAGAGGCUUUAGAUAAUGCUAUUUUAUGGUAUAGAAAAGGAUUUGAGAGACAACCACAUGAAUAUGCUGGAAUAAACUUAGCUACAUUGUUAGUGAUAUCAGGGAAAGACUUCUCUACAUGCCAGGAACUUCAAAGAAUAGGUUUGAUAUUGAAUAAUUUGAUUGGUAAGAAAGGAAGCUUACCAUCCUUAACAGAUUACUGGGAUGUGGCUACCUUCUUUGAAAUCUCGGUGUUAGCUCAGGAUUUUGGAAAGGCUGUUCAAGCUGCAGAGUGUAUGUUCAGUUUAGAACCCCCAUACUGGUACUUGAAGUCUACAGUAGGUAAUAUAACCCUGAUCAACAGAUUUAGGAAGACAUCAAGUCAGACAGGAGAUUAUCAGUUAUUCUGUUUUUGGAUGGAUUUCUUUGUGGAAGCAACAAAAACUGAAACAUCAGUUACAACAUUCCCAGUCCUGGUUUUAGAACCAACAAAGAAUUUUAUGCCUAGUUAUGUACAGAUUAAUUCAGAUGGUGAAAAUAAGGAAGUAAGACUAUGGAAUGUAGCACAAAGUACAGAAACUAAACAACAGUCACAAUGGACAUUCCAAGCUACCAGUAUUAAAGGAGUCAGUUUAUAUAAGAGAGAUUGUCGAGCAGUAUUUAUAUAUGUCAUGGAAAAUUCAGAUGAUUUUCACAUAUUCUUUUCAUCAGAAUCUCAGAGAUUAAGUUUUUAUACAAUGGUAUCAGACAUGAUAUCAGACCAGGCCAAUGCUCAAAUCUUUACAAGUAUGGAUGAAGAGGAAGUUGUUGACUUUGAAUAUGAUUUAGAUGAUAAAAAUAACCGAGUAGUCCUUGGAAGAGGUACCUAUGGGAUCGUGUAUGCUGCCAGAGACAAGAAAACACAAGUCAGAAUAGCCAUCAAGGAAGUUCCGGAAAAACAUUCACAGGAAGUUCAGCCAUUACAUGAAGAAAUCAAACUACAAAGUAAAUUGACCCAUAAAAACAUUGUUAAAUAUCUAGGAUCUACCAGUGAGGAUGGAUUGUUCAAAAUAUUUAUGGAACAAGUUCCUGGAGGAAGUUUAUCACAAUUAUUACACAGUAAAUGGGGCCCACUGAAGGAUAAUGAAACAACAAUAGCCUACUAUACAAAACAGAUACUGGAUGGUCUGAAAUAUCUGCACGAUAAUAAAAUUGUCCAUCGAGACAUCAAGGGAGAUAAUGUGCUGGUCAAUACAUACAGUGGUGUACUAAAGAUCUCUGACUUUGGAACCUCGAAACGUUUAUCUGGUAUUAAUCCAUGUGCUGAUACAUUUGCAGGAACAAUACAAUAUAUGGCCCCUGAAGUUAUAGAUAAAGGUGCUAGAGGAUAUGGUCCUUCAGCUGAUAUCUGGUCUCUUGGCUGUACAGUAAUUGAGAUGGCAACGGGUAAAAUUCCAUUUAUUGAGCUUGAAAGCCCAGAGGCAGCUAUGUUUAAAGUAGGAUUUUAUAAAAUGCAUCCAGAAAUUCCAGAAACAAUGUCGGUCAAUGCCAAAGAUUUUCUUCUCAGGUGUUUCCAGCCAGAACCUGCACAAAGAGAUACUGCAACAGAAUUACUUAAACAUCCAUUUAUUGUAGAAACAUUGAGUCCCAGGAAGAAGAAGAAACGAGUGAGUGAUGUGGAGUAUUUAAGAAGUAUAUCAAUGCCAGCAGCAGAAAAGAAGAAACAAAAGCCAAAGUUAGAAUUGCAUGUACCAAGGAAAAAAAGUAGAGAUGCUAAGAAUGGAAUACAAAUGUCAUGCAGUAUGGAGAAUUUAGAUGACACGGAUAAUAAUCCAGAAUUCCUCGAAGAUGAAAGUGAAUCACCUACAAGGAAUCAUGGCUUUGGUUUUCGUCGUCGGUCAGGUUCAGACAGCCGGUUUUUGUAUAUGGCACGGUCACCUUCCCCUACUUCACGACCAUGUUCCCCUAGUACACUAGAUGUUUACUACAGUUCUGAGCCAGGAUUAGCACACACGGCCAGUUAUUCCAAUCUAUCCCCUGAUGUGAGUGAAGGGGAUCACAGUUCUGUGGAUAGUUCUGGGAGGGAUGGUGGAUUCUAUCUCUUGCGAAAAGAUUCAGAAAGACGUACUACAUUGGUGCAGAUUCUCUCUCAUGAUAUCAAUCAGAUAUGUGAUAUGUGGUUACAGAUGUUACACAAAGAUGCUACGAUAUCUAAUCCUAAACUGACUGUGGAGCAUUUGAAACAGUUAGCCAGCAGUCUUAGGAAUUAUAUACAAGACAACAACACAAAUUCCAUUAAAGACACUAUAGCUAGAUUACGGACAGGUUUUGAAUAUGAUCCUACAGCAAUGACAGAGCUUCAGCUGGCCUUGUAUGUCUUUCAGGAAGCUGUCAGUAUGAACCUAAAAACACACUCAAUACAGCCUCAUUGGAUGUUUGCUAUUGAUAAUCUACUCAGGGCCGCCGUGCAAGAAGCUAUUAUGAUCUUAUCACCAGAACUUGGUGCCAAUUUGGCUGGGAUGAAAGAAGAUGAACAAGAAUCUGGUGUACCCUCAACUAAUUCCAUAAAGUCUAUACAGCAUGCUUACAGAAAUUCUGCAUCUGCUGAACUACGAACUCAGAUUGAUAACUUAGAGGAGGAAAAUAUGAGGCUAUUACAGCAGUUAGUCCAAACAAAUCAGUCAUAUGGCAGUUUAUUAAAGAAGUCAUUAGAUGACAAAAAGGUCCAGAUGGAAUUAUUACAGUCAUUUAUAGCUACAUCUUCUGUCUCUCCAGGAUCUCCUAUUAAAUCCAGAGUACCAGAUAUCCAUGAGCCACCUGAUGAAGAACUAGCUUCCUGGUUAAAGAAAGCAAACUUUGAGCAGGAAACAAUAGAUGUGAUUUCCAGAGAACAGUAUUUAUUACAAGAUCUCCUUGAAUUAGUCAGAUUGGAAGAUUUAAGUAAAUUACAACUAAGAAGUGGUGUUAUAUUUCGGUUAUGGCGUGCCAUAUUGAAUCACAGAGACAAACAACCGAAGAGAUAGUACAGUAGUACUGUUCACAACUAACCAUACAGUGCCUUUAUCAAGUCCAGAAUGCUACAGGGUUGUGUUCAGUCAGUCAAUCAAAAAGACAUACAAGUGCUUGCUAAGAAGUGCUGCUACUGCAAUUCACCGUUUCAGAAUCUAAUAAAUUCUUGGUAAUAUUUUGAAAAGCAGACACCAAAAUGUUGUGAUUGGUUAAAAAAACUCCUAAACAAUUGACAUUCAACCAAUGGUUUGAAGUAAAUUUGGGGUAUGAACAAUAAAAUUACCCAUAGUUCUUUAGAUUCUGAACAGUGAAUUCACAGUGGUUAUCCUGUUACGUCAUUCCAUGUGCUAAUUGUAGUGUUACUAUUGUUCACUUUUCUAAACUUUGAAAAGCUGCACUCAGAUAUAAAUAUUUUUAAUGUUUAUUUAUAACACUAAUGCUUUUUGAAAGAUUGUUGUGUGCAAGCAUUACGAGUUAUCUCACUCUGCUUCGAUAUUAUGAUAUCAGGACCACAAUCAGAAUGGCAGACAAAUAUUUACUUUUUUUAUAUAAAUAGAUCAAAGGAAUAGUUAACAAUUAAGUUUUGGCAAAUAUGAUGUUCUCUAUAGCGAAAAACCCUACAACCUGUUUAGAUCCUCUAAAAAAACUUUUUAGCUAAAAGCGAUUUCAACAGUUUUUCGUAUGUUUUCCAAAGUAAUGAGGUUUGCUAUGUAUAGAACAUAUGGGUCUUUUUUAAUAAUCCUACUAGAAAUAAUGAUCCAAAAACCUUAAAGAUGGAGGUUAAUCUAGAUGAAGCUUUACAUGUAUUUUAUUCAAAUGGCAAUUAUCACUGAGCAUUGCCUGUGCAGUUUUUUCGUUAUUUAUAAUACAUUUAAGUAAGAGAUAAUAUUCAACCUCCUUCUACUUAAAUGCUUUCAGUACUUAAAAAUAGAGAUUCUAUGUAGGAUAAGAUUAUGGUUAGGUUUAGGGUUAAGAUUGGUGGCAUAUGAGGGAUAGAUCAGUGCAGAUCCUUUGGAGAACAAUAAAGUCAUAUGGUUAGAGUACCCUAAGUGAGAAAAAGGUCAAAUAUUCAGUAUUUUGGUUAAGUUGUUCAUCUCUGAUAUGACCAAGGUCAUCAUGUAUAGGAAAACACACGCAAACUACUGGAUACCUGAAUUACAAUGUUGAUAUUACUGUCUCAAAUAUAUACCAGAUCAAAUUAGUUUCCAGGAAAAUCUUUGGAUAUGUAUUAUGGGUAAAUACAUAAUUCAAAAAUAUCCUGACGUAAAGUCAUUUUUAAGUAUUUUGAAUACAUUUAUUGUUGAAUUUUAUAUCAUUUCUGGUAUGUUUUGUAUUUUUAUUUUCACUUUAACUGGCGUUAUAAAUACUAUGAAAUUUAUAUUCAUUGUGAAAUGUUUUUGUUAGAUAUAAACUGGCCAUGUAAAAAAAAACAUGCUGGGUUUUUUUAAUUGUUAUCUUUAAAAAAGCAGAUACAUUUUAAUGCUGUAUUUUUAAGUGUGAGAUUUUUUUUGUUAUCAGAUUAAAAUAUAAAGAAAUUUUCACGUCUGAAAGAGAGAAAAAUAUUAUUAGAUUUUCGAUCAGCUAUUCUAAAAUUAGGAAGGUACAUUUUUAGGAAGAUAUUUAUUAUUUCCAUAAUCCUAGUAUUUUUAUUGAAAAAAAUAUUUUUUUUACAUUUUUAACUUAAUGUACAAAACAUGAACAUAGAUAUUUAUAGUUUUACUGUUGACAGUAAUCUUUAAAAAAUUUCUUUUCAGGACUUGACUUUUUAUUAUUUCCAUAAUCCUAGUAUUUUUAUUGAAAACAGUUAUUUUUUUUUACAUUUUUAACUUAAUGUACAAAACAUAAACAUAGAUAUUUAAAGGUUUAUAGGUUUACUGUUGACAGUAAUCUUUAAAAAAUUUCCUUUCAGGACUUGACUUUUUAGCUUUUAAAAUCUGUACAAUUGAGGUCAUGUCAUGAAUUCAGAGCUAGUGUCAAUGCAUAAUAAUAAAAUUAUAUAUUGUAUUUCAAACAUGUGGAUGUUUUAGGAAGAUAUAUCUCCAACUGUUCUUACUUUUAAGGAAGUUUCAUAUUGAUGAAAUAGCAACAAGAUUUGUUCAUGGUCUGUAGAUAAACAAGUCAUGCCUUAACCAAAAUUGACAUUUUUUCUUCUUCAUUUUUUUAUCCUUACCUUGCCUUUUGACAGUGAAAGCUAAGUCUUGAUUGAUGCAAGGUGAGAAGUACAUUCUGAUAUAUAUCAGUCUGUCAUAGUUUUUAGCAGUGUAUAUAUGGUCACAACUUAACAGCAUACCAAAGAUUAUGAGUAUUUUGUAUUACAGUGUAAUAGUUUGUGUAUUUUUUAAAUAAGAGUCAUAAAGUUAUCAAUAAUGAAGCUGAACUUUUAUUGUUAAUCCUUGAGUUAAUCAUUUUCAUUGGUCAUUGUGAAUAGUCCAUAGAAUUCUUAUCCCUCCAUAUGCUUAUCAUUGUCAGAAAAAUGCAUUGAAAAAAAAUCUCAAAACAUGGUUGGAAUAAAUAUGAAAAAAAUGUUGCUGAACAAGUAUCAUUUGAUGAAAGGAAAUGUGUGGCAUAUAUCAGUGAGACAACAACCUCACAACUCACAUUAACAAAAAGGAAAAUCUUGAGGUCACCAUGUGACUUUGAACUGAAAACCACCAAUACUAUAGGACAAGCUUUAAAUCUUAUGGAGUCUAGAGAAGUUGUUUGUAGAUCUUGCUUUUUUGCAUGCAUAGUACAUUUUUUCUGUAUAAAGAUGGUAAAUUCAUUUUUCUGUAGAAUUAUGGUAAAUUAAUUUUUCUGUAAAAUGAUGGUAUAAAUUCAUUUUUCUGUUGAAUUAUAGUAAAAUUAUUUUUCAGUAGAAUGAUGGUAAGUUAUUUACUUAGUAUUAUCCCCUUUAGGCAAUUAUUUAAAGUUAAAUUUAUAAUAGUUACAUGUGUGUCCAAAAUGUAUUUACCUCAAGAGAUAGUAACUGGGUAUGCUCCUAAAUUCGGCCCCCUAAAUUAGCACAAAAAGGACUGUUGGUUAUUUUUCUUUAGUUGGUAUUGUUUUGAGGUAAAAUGAGCCUUACAUUCUCCUAGAAAAAAAAUGUCUUGUUUUCAUCAUUGUCCUUAGGUCUUAAGUGCAAUCUGAUUAAAAUCUAAUCUAAUGGCGGAGAUUAUCGUAGUGAAAACUAACAGCAGAUUUUAAUGAGAUUGGUCAUAAGUUUUGUUCAAACAAACUAAAGCUGCCAAAAAUUUAAUAUAUUUUGGUUGUUGAAAAAUAAAUUUUAUUAUUGAAGAUGAAUAUAUUGUUUUGUUUAAUCCUAAAUGUGAUUUAUUAAGAUUGAAUAUUGCCAUUUGAUGUAUAAGAUAGAAAUGAAUUCUCAAACAAGGUCAGCGACUUGACAGUUUAUAUGCAAAUUUAUAAAUCUAAUAUUCAAUUAUUCAGGAGAAAUUGACUCUCAGAUGUUUUAAGAUAAAAAUCUAUUUCAUUUCCCUAGGACAUUGUGCAUGUACCUAGUACCUACUAAUCUAAGGCAUGUAGAAUAUGUUCUAGGUAGAAAUGUGAAUGACAUACACAUGUGAGAUGUCUACAUAAACUGCCCAAUAUUACAUUUUUACUUGAAACUCUUUGCACGGCCUUAUUCUAAUUGUUAGUCAGUAUUUUGAAAUUUUUUGUGAAGAUUUUAUGGUCUUUUAUAGACUUUUAUUAAGCAAAGACAAUAAGAAGUUUAUAUUAUAAGAAAAUUUUUUCACAGCCUUGUUCCAUUUGAUAGAAGUCAGUAUUUUAAAACAUUUUGUAUAAACUUUAUGGUCUUUUAUAGAGUUUUAUUUAAUGAAGACAAGAAGAAGUUAAUAUUAUAAGUUCCCGGUGGUUUUUUAAUCAUAAAUGUUCAUGCAUUUUUUUUUUUCAAUCAUUGAUUUCUGCUUUUUUGUGGACUUCACUGCCUAUCAAGUAUUCUUCUUUUUAUUCACCAAAGUGCUUAAAAUGCAUGUAAGUUUUAAUUGCUGCACUUGUUUUUAUUUUCAGAAUUUUUAAAAAGUUGGUUGCUUUUGCUUGAUUGAUAUUUUUGUCCAAAAACUUUUUCCUCAAGUUUAUUAUUUGUUUUAUCAAGAUCAUAGGUCUCAACUCUUCAUAUAUUGUAAUUGUUAUUAAAAGAAAACCUGUAUUAUUUGUAUCAAACUGUUUUAUAAAAUAUGACACAAAGUUAUUAUUAUGAUAUGUAUUGUUUAUUUUUAUGAUUAUUCAAAAGAAAUUAUUAUUCAUUAUUGUAUAUAUAUAUAUACAUGUUACAUCUAUUGAAACACAUGAUUAUUGUAAAUAGAUGUGAAUACUGAAUUACAUGUAAAUAAGGCAGAUUUGUAAAUAAAUGUACAUAAUAAAGUGCUAUUUUAUGACCUUUUAAGGAAGUCAGUGUACCAGAAAUAUCAAUCAUUGUGCAAAAGUAACCAACUUCAGCACUGUUGAAUUAUAUUUCCUAUUCUGAACAUUUAAUCUGUAUUUUUAUAUUAUUUGGUAAGUUUUGAAAACAACAAAAAAAUACCUCACACUUUUCCUAAUUUUUUUUAUAUUAAAUGUAUUUUUGUGUACAAACUCAUGACUGCAAUACAGAAUGUAAUAUUUUGUCUAGUUUGAUUAUUUGAGGUAUAAUACUAUGUUUACUAAUUUCUGUUUGGCAAUAGCUUGGAAGUUGACUUUUCUUGCUGAUUUUGAAAAUUUUUUAAUCCAAAUUUUUAUGGCUUACAUAUAUAUAUAUAUAUAAUUUUAUUUUGGAUGUAACACGUCUUCUGAUUGGCUGAAAGUUUUUUGUCUAUCAUCUCAUAGACAUAAUUUUGUCAUGUGACUGUGACGUCAUCAACGUUUUUCAUGAUUUACUUCUUAACAAUAGAAUUUAGAAUUAAAUUAUAAGGAAUUACUGUAACAUUUUUUCCGUCUAUUUGAAAUAACAUAAAAAAUGUGGUGCACACUUUUAAAUAAAACGCUACAUGAGUUAUUCAGUGUGCAAUACAUUUUUGAUGUUAUUUCUUCAUAGACAGAAAAAAUGUUACAGUUAUUCCUUAAAUAAAUUUUAUUUUCUCAAGCUUGAUUGUUUUAAUGAUAUUUU